AUGUCGUCCAUGCGAAAUGCCGUCCAGCGGCGCAACCAUAAGGAGCGUGCGCAGCCGGAAGAGCGCAAAAAAUGGGGUCUCCUCGAGAAACGCAAGGACUACAAACUCCGCGCGCACGAUCACAAAGCGAAGCAAGCGCGCCUCAAGAUCCUCAAAGAGAAGGCCUCCGAGCGCAAUCCCGAUGAAUUCUCCUUCGGCAUGAUGAGCAGCACGGUAGACAAGGCGGGCAGAAAAGUUACCGACCGGGGGAACAAGAGUCUGGAUAUGGAUGUGGUGAAGUUGCUGAAGACGCAGGAUGCUGGCUAUAUACGGACUAUGCUUCAGAUGGUCAGGAACGAGAGAGAGGAGUUGGAGAAGCGGCUGGUGUUGGAGGACGAAGAGGUGAGGGUGCUGAAGGACGGAGACAAUGAGAGGAAGGGCAGGCAUACAGUGUAUGUGGGGAGGAAGGAAGAACAAGACGAGUUCGACGACGACGAGUGGUUUGGGAAGGGUGCCGAGAUGCCAGGCAGAGGAGGCGGGAAGGAACCACAGGUGGAAGAUGACGACGAGGAGGGGACAUCGAAGAAACAGAAGAGGCCGUCGAAAAGGCAACAAGAGGCCAAAGACCUGGCGCAAAAACAAGAACAGCUCUUCAUGAGCAAGAGGGAGAGGGCACAACAGCGGGCGGCAGCACACCUGGAAGCAGUCAAAGCCCGAGAGCGCGCGCUCAUGGCCGCCGAAGAGGAGCUGGAGUUGCAGCGUGCUAAAAUGAACCACACGGUUGGCGGGGUCAACAAAAACGGUGUCAAGUUCAAGAUUCGGGAGCGGAAGCGAUGA